AUGCAGAACAUAAACAACGUGACAGAGUUCAUCUUCUUUGGCCUUACCCAAAAUGAACAGAUUGAGAAAAUAUGUUUUGUGCUCUUUCUCUUCUUAUAUUUGGUCAUUGUGUUGGGAAAUCUCCUCAUCAUUGUCACUAUCUUCUUCAGCUCCCGCCUGAAUUCUCCCAUGUAUUUUUUCCUCAGCUACUUAUCUUUCGUAGACAUAUGUUACUCUUCCGUUACAGCCCCCAAAAUGAUUGCGGGCUUCCUUGUCAAAAAGAAAACCAUUUCCUUCAUUGGCUGCAUGACACAGCUCUUUGGGGUCCAUUUCUUUGGCUGCACUGAGAGCUUCAUCCUCACGGUGAUGGCGUACGACAGGUACAUUGCAAUCUGCAAACCUCUCCACUAUACCACCAUUAUGACCAGGCGGGUUUGUGGGCAGCUGGUGGCAGCCUCGUGGGUUGGAGGGCUCAUGCACUCAUUGCUGGAGACAAUUGCCACCAACCAACUUCCGUUUUGUGGACCCAAUGAGAUUGAUCAUUAUUUCUGUGAUGUCCACCCUUUAGUAAGAUUGGCUUGCACAGAUACCUACAUUAUUGGUGUCAUUGUGGUUUCUAAUAGCGGAGUCAUUGCUCUGAGCUCCUUUAUCACCUUGGUUUCAUCAUACAUUGCCAUCUUGGUCUCCUUGAGGUCUCGCUCUUCUGAAGGACGUCUCAAGGCUCUAUCUACCUGUGCUUCCCACGUCACGGUAGUCAUUUUAUUUUUUGGCCCAUGCACCUUUAUGUACAUACGUCCUUCCAGUAACUUCUCAGAAGACAAGACUGUGGCUGUGCUUUAUACUGUGAUCACACCAAUGCUCAACCCAUUGAUCUACACACUACGAAAUGAGGAGAUGAAGAAGGCCAUGAAAAAAUUGUGGAGCCAAAAAGCGAUUUCAAGACGGAGAAGAAGAAUGUGA